AUGUCCGUCACUGUGAAAUUUGGAAGAGAUCGUAUCUCCCUCGCCCUCCCCUCUCCAGACACUACUCUACAUGCAAUAAAACAAUCUCUCGCUGACUACACUGGUCUAAAUGCAUUCAAACUCAUCCACAAGGGCGCUGUCAUGCGCGACGACAACGCUCCAAUAUCGGCUUAUCGCAUCCAUCCUGGCUCUGUCAUUCAAAUGAUCCCCGUGGACGAGUCAAUGCCCCAGCCCCCUCCCUCAAAUCGUCAAUCCGCCACCACAGACGACGAUGAGAACUCGGUUAUCACAACAAUCCAUACCGAACUCGCUAUGGUCAGAUCAACCCUCGCCCCAGAUCUCAACGAUCUCCUCGGCCGCAUCACCAACACCGAAAAGACCAGCGAGAAGGACAAGAAAGAGUUUCUGCGCAUCGGCGAGCUGCUUCUCCAGAGUCUGCUCAGAUUGGACGGCGUUACCCCCGACAGGGACUGGGUCAAGGCCAGAGAGGAGCGAAAGAAGGCAGUCAAGGAGGUUCAGGGCUUGUUGGACACACUCGACGAUACCGUUGCAGAGAGACGGGCGGCUGGAUUGCAUAACUAAUACUACAGUACAUGGACACCCAUAUGUACACUAGAUACCUGGGGGAAAGGGAAAAAAACAGUUAGCGACAGUCAAAGACAGGAAUGGAGAAAGAG